UUGGUUUGUAACGCUGAGCAGUGUUUAGGAAAAAAAACUGCUUUCUAAGGCAGCUAAAGUGUGAUUUCGGAGCAAACCCCUGCUUGGAGUAUGAUAUGAAUCAGUCUUGAUCUGCGGGGAUCGGGGAAAUAAGCGCUGUGUGUGCUUAAAUGUGUUUAUUACGGGCAUUGUUACCAUAUUGCUGCAAUGGCAUUUGCUUGAAGGAGCUUGAUUAACUUUUCAUUAACUGUGCUAUUUAUUUGCUUAUAACAACAGAAAUAACUUGAUCAUCUUAAUUUUUAUUUGCUUAAUUGAAUUUAUUUCAGGUUUUAAUGCAUUAGUGUGUUGCUGCAAAGUGUGUAUAUAGUAAACAUGCAUUAAAUGUUUUAGUUGGAAUCAUAAAAAGUAAUAUAAAAUCCGUUGGUCAUGGAUUUUGCAGUUUACUGCUUAAAAGUUGUUAUGUUAAAGAUCUGAGUAGCAAUUUCAGAAGGCAGACAAACGUGGUUCUGAAAGGGUACUAUUUCUUCCAGAUCUCAAUGAGACUGAAAUUAGGAAUGAGUGAGGUGAAGGACAGCACCUGAAAUAACCAUGGUGAUGUGUUGAGAACCUGGUACCUAGCACUAAGAAUUGAAAUGGAGAGUUUAAAAAAAUCACAAGUUAUCAAGAAAAUAGAUUAUUACCAAGAAAAUAGAUUGUGUCCAGAUUCUUGAGCAUAAGGUAGUCCAGAGCCAGGUUUUGGGUGUUCACAGAGCAAAAUAACACUGAAAAACCUGGUUUGCAAUUUAAAUCCUUUGUAACACCCUUUUGUGAUACAUUGCGUGUUGAUUGGAUAUUUCUGCGGUGCAACACCAGUCCGCUGCAUUUUGUGGUUAUACUUCAUGCAGUGAUAGGCACCCUAAGGAAGGCAGCUGUGCUUUGUCUGUUCACUCUGUAGUUGCCAACUUCAGCUGGUCUGGAAGAAAUAAUGGGAUCUUUCCGUUCAUGGCACCCUCGGUGAUACAUGAAAGGCAGUAACAGCAGUUCCCAGGGAUAAUUGCAGCACCGCCUGGCCGUCUCCUGCUGCUUUAGAAACUGUGUUUGCUCCCCAGAUUGUGGUGAUUACUGAAGGAGUUUGCACGUGAGAGGGAAAAAUGAGCUGUUACAAACAGGGACAACUAAGCCUCAAAUGUUCUUUUAGAAGAGAAUGAGAUAAACACAGUUUAGAAACAGUGCAAUUUGGCAGGAGGCUUUCUGGGAUUAGAAUGUGUUUGAAAAAGACAAUGGGCAUUGAUUUCGUUGCUGUCUCUUCUCAGAUUGACUAGGGGGCUUUAAGAUGGUAGAGAUGUGUGUGUCUUUAUACAAUACCAUUUUCAUUUUUUAAAAGAGAGGUGGAAAAGAAUGGUGGUUAGAAUGACAGUGAUUGACAACUUGCUUUUAAAAUCUGAGGGAAUGGAACCACAGUCCUCUCAAAUUGCACUUGUCUGUUAGCAGCAACUUAAGAAUCCAUUUUCAGCAUGAAUGUUAUAUGUAUAACCAUCAGACUCAGUGGCUAGACUGCAAAGUAGGUCUCCUAGGUAUGCUGUAAAUUUUCCAGAUUAGGGGACAGUGUGGCUUUUAUGGAUAUGUAAGCAUGGUUUCAUCCUUUAGUGCAGACAAAAAGAAAUAAGUCUGUGUAGCCUUGAACUUGGGAUAAUUCAGCCUUGCUAACAGACUCCUUCUGAGGCUGCUGGUGUAUAAUGCUGGAAGUCUUUGUUUUCCAGGUUUUUUGUAGAGAACUGAAUCUGUCCUUUUCAUUUAUUCCUGCUCUGCCAGAUACGAUUGUCUGCUGAAAAACAGGAAGUGUCCAUAACACUUUCAGGACUGAGGCUGGUGGAUCAGAGACAAGAAAUUCACAAGGAAAGUACCCAAAGGCUUUGGCAAACUAGGCAAGAUGAGAUAGGAAAUACUCGCAGUCCUUUGCUUAUAUUUCUUCUUGUUUUUCUUCAGAGCAAAGAAACAUUCAGAAGAACGUGAAUUUCAAUCUGUAUUUGGGCACUAGAAGUGGAGUAGACAUUUCUCAUUCCUGGCCUGAGGCUGCAGCAUUUGGUAAAAGCCCAGAGACAGCAGCACAGGCUAGCUGUGUACCACACCUCUGUCAGAUGGGAAGAGAUCCAAGUCUGAAGACAGACUAAUCUCUCCUGCCCUUCUCAGCCGUUCCCAGACACUGCCAGCCAGUUCUGCAGUUCCUGCUUGCUGCAGCAGAGUAGUCUGUGCUCUAGCUGCAGCAGCACAGCUCCAAGUGUGUAGUUCACAGAGUCCCCAUCUUGCUUUGUCACUCCUCCCUGCUGUGUAUCUCUCCCAGAGGCACUUUCACCUUGAGGCUUUUGUGUUUUGGAAGGGAGGAAGAGCGAGAGAGUAUUGACUUUCCUCAACACCACCAUCAGGAAGCAAAGGCAGCUAGUAGCUGCUCCAUACCCACUGUUCACCAUCACUAUUCAGAAAGAAGGAGCAAGAAUUGUGACUAUCUGGUGGAAAGCCAACAGCAUCAGCCUUCUGCUGCUUCUUGUAUGAAUCCUGUGAACCUUUUAGUGGUCAGUGCAUGUUUGUCAUCUCAUGCUGCAGAUUCCCCUCUUAGGCAUGAGUUAGUGGUGGGUUCUUCUUUAAAGAGCUCAAGUGAAAGUUUGAACACUUGUCACAGUUCAGCCCUGACCCUGGGGAAUCUUGAUCCAUCUAAUCUGGAGUCUUUUUAGUCUCUUUUGCAAUCCUCACAGAUUUCUGCUAGCUUGUACUGUUCAGUCCAGGGGCUUAAGCAAGAAAGUGCUUUGAUGGGGAUACGGAGUUCCCUCCCACUGCAGUCUGAGUCUUCUCCAGUCAUUGGCCAUUCAUACUUUGCUCCUGAUGACUUAGGUCCCAGUAUCCUGACCAUGGGAGAACAGCUAGCUGCAGUAAAAACCAGUGCUGCUCAGGCAAGAUUGAAAUGGAGUGUCCCAUUUGCUAAAGACUGGAGCCUUACUGCAGUGACAAGAGACUUCAGUCCUGCUGAGCCUCUCUCUGGCUCUUACAGAUACAGAUACAUUGGCUCUAACACAUGGAGAACCGAAAUUUCAGGUGGCAUCCAACCACAUACCCUUGCUUCUGGAAUGGGCUCUGGCAGGCUAGUGGAUACAGAGGCAGAUUCCUCCUUCAAUUGCUCCCCUUUCUUCAGAUGCCAGUCCCCGGUAAAGCCAUCUCUGGAAACUGGUAGUCUUUGUGCUCACAGAAAAAGUAAUUCUCCUGGAAAGGUUGUUAAAGGAGAGCAGACAUCUAAUGGGGGGUCUCCAUGUGUUGAGUCUUGGCAGAAAGACCUUUCAGCCAGCCUGGAUCCAGAGGGUCUGCAGGUGUUACUGGAGACAGAUUUGGGGGGUGCUCAGAGGAAUGUUGGUGUAACCAUGUGUGGGACUCCUGCAGAAAUGUGUGUGAGCAUUGCUUCUCAUCCUGGAGAUAAAGAGUUUAGACCAGGCCAGCAGCUUAGUGUUAAAUCUGUAGGAGUCAACAAGUCUCAUGUUAAGUGCAGCAAGGAGUCAGAGGAGGUAUGUCACUCCAGAUCACAAACAACCAGAAGAAUGGCUGCAGUGGGCAGCAGCCAGUCCAAUCCUUUGGGUACAGCGGUUGAAGAAGGCUUUCAUGAACAUCCUGAUGUAGAUUGUAUGAACAUGAGCAGAGAAGGAAGGAGAAACAAAUACUCCUACCAAAGCAGCCAGUGGAAUUUGGAAGCUGAUGGCAAUCUCGAGCAGUCUGAAGAAUGUUGUGUAGAAAGGAAUGCCAAAGAACCAUGGUGCUGUGAAGAAGGGAACCAGACCCAGAAAACUGUGCCCAGAGAGGUGAGGGUGUGGUCACUGUGAAGCAUCUCUGUUCACAGGUAUUACUUGUGCUUGUUUCUGCCACUUGCUAGAGGUGCAGAGUUGAGGUACAAGUGAUGGGGAUGCUUGUCCUAUAGUUUUUUCUUGUCACUGAAUAGACAGAAUCUCAUCUCUUACAGUCCUCCUUCAUCCCAACGUAUGCAUCUUUCCAUCUCAUGUGUUUCUUCCUAAAGACCAGCUUGUCAACUUGGUUGUUUUGAGAUUGUAAACACCUGUUUAUAUUCUCUGAUCUGCAUGCCGAGGGAAAGCAUUAAACUGGAUUUUACUCUGUGCAUCGUUGCAGUGCCCUGUGAUUUCAGGCUUUUUCUGCCUUUUUCUGUCUGAAGUAUAUAAGAAUAUUCACAGAGCAAUGGUGUGGGAGCAGUGUCCAAGGCAUCCCACAUAAUGCAUGAUCUUGAAGCAGUCCUGCUCUGGUCUCCAUCCAAAAUGAUGUGUGCCACAAAGACAAAUUCCUCAAUAGAGUGGAGCAGUGUGAAUAAUUGUGAAUUACUGUCUCUUGUCUGUUUCCAGACCUCCGAGAACAGCUUCUGGUCAUUGAAGGUGAAUGAGCAAAGUUUCUGCCACUUGUGUGACAAACAAAUCCUAACAAGGUGUUUCCAAGCCUGGAGGAGACAUAUCCUUUGGAAGAGGGCAGCCACGCAGCUUUACAGACACCAGCUGCUUCAGAAGGGCUUUGGUGCUCUGCAGUGGAUUUUGCACCAAAGGAGGACACAAUUGGAGGUGGCCCAGCAGAGACAUGAUUCAACUCUGCUAGCUGCCAGCUUCCAGAAGUGGAAGAAAGCUAUGGCAAAACAGAGCAAGAAGGAAGCUCUGCAGCCUGAGCCUUACUCCUCUACCCAAAGUUCAUCAGCGGGGAUUUUUGGAGUAGGAAGAUUAGCCACUAUGACAACCUCAGCUCAGCAUCAGCUUGCAACAGGAUACUCAAAGGAAAUGGAGCAGGCUCAUAGGAUGGAGGGAAAACUGUGGACACAGCUUCGUCAUACGCAGAGAGGAGAUGAGUUCUGCUGGAGAGUUGAAGCAAUCAGAGACAUGAGACAGCUGGCUGCAGCUUUCAGACUGUGGCGCCUGCAGAAGGAGCUGCUGAGCAAAGAGGAAGCCAGGCUGUUGGAAGCCCGUGCUCUGCUGGAAAAGAAGAAGCUACGAAACAUUUUCUGGAUGUGGCAUUCCCAAAGCUUGGAAAUGAAAGAGAUUCUAACACUGAAAACUAAAAUCCAAAGAAACUUGGUCUCCCGGUGCUUCAGUACAUGGAAGGAGACUGUUAAGCAGAAGGCACUUGACAGGUGCAACCUGGCCCAUCUCCGAGCAGUAUCACUGAGGAAGCACUUCCAGCAGUGGGUUGAGAUGCUGCGGGUCAGAGGAGGUGAUAAGCAGGCAGUGGUGAACCUCUUCUUCCUACGAAAGAGGCAGCAUUAUGGAGCAGUUAUGAGCUCAGUAGCUGACAAGACUAUGACAAAGAGGCAUGAAGGUCAGCCAUCAUGGACUGGAGAGAGACAGUUUCUGGAGAAAACAGUCUAUUCUUUUGAUGACUUCUGCCAAAAACUGAAGCUGCAGAGAGUCUAUCUGCUGUGGAAAACAAGGCUGUGUGAGCAUCACAAGGCUGAUUCUUUCUCUCAGACUUUGGAGCAGUGUAAACUCAGAAAAACUCUGAAAUUAUGGCACCAAAAGUAUCUCAUGCUGAAGACAAUUGAACAAAGUUCUAAGCACUUGCAUAGAGCUGUCUAUGAGGAACCUCUUGCCAUGCAGUUUUCUGAGGACCUCUCAACAUCAUCUGGCUUUGACAGCAGUGCACCAGCUACUCUGACCUCUCAAAGCUCAUUGGAAAAGGAAUGCAGUCUUAGUGACAGCAGCCAGCAUGGCUUCUCCUCCCUUCUGACUGCUGAGGAUGUCACACAUAUGUCAUGUCACAGUUCUUUCCUUCAACUCCACCAGUGCAUGGAGCUGCCAGCUGAGCUGGGUGGGGAGCUGUGCUUGCAGACCUCCUUCCCUGGAUCUGGAAGAAAUUGGUUUGUGGGAAAUCACUUCCAGUCUUCAGUGCUGCAGAGUCCAGAUAAUAAUUCCCAGCUUCUCACCAGUUACUCUGCAUGGGAAGAGGGCUGCAGUUCUGACACGGAGGUGAAGAGUUGCUGGCAGCAAGCAGAGAAAUACUGCCUGCAGAGGUGCUUCAUUGUCUGGUCAGCUCAAACUCGACAUCACCUGAAGGCCCAGCAGCACUGCAGGUGCAUUCGGCUCUCUCGAGCCUUUCUCAGCUGGCACCACUGGGUCAUGGAAAAUAAGAACCAAAAAGCAGCAGCAGCCCUAAAACAUGGAGUUCAUUGUGUCCAGAUGGCUUUCAGCCUGUGGAAAAGGAGACUGGCCCAGAAGGUGGAAGUUGACCGGAGGUUCAGGUGUCAUGUUCACCAGAUGGCUGCUGAUGCUCUGUGGCGUUGGCAUUCCUGCUGGCAAAGGAAGCAUGCUCUGGGAGAACUGCAGCAGCAAUGGGCUUGGCACAGCUGCCAAGAGAAGAAGAGGCUGGUCCUGCAGACAUGGUAUUACCAAACAAGGAAGCAGAAAUAUGCUGUUUUAUUCUGGGAACGUUUUCUCCUGCACAGAUGCCUUGUUGCUUGGGCCCAGGUCACUGCCUGUAAACUAAGGCAGCAUGAAGCCCUCUCUUAUUUUAAAAGAGUCAGAGAGCACCGUCUCCUGGUUGUGAGCUUUAUUAAGUGGAGGGACAAACUCUGGAGAGCUGAACAAGUGCCAGGAGGGAGAAACCACAAGUGGCAGGAGCCCUCUCCAGGUAAAGCCUGUCACCGCUGGCGAGUGGCUGCAAGAGGACAGCAAGCCCUGCGCCUGGGAUCUGUGGCUACUGUCAAACAAGCCUGCAACUACUGGACCAGAGCAGCUGCCUUUUCCCAGUGCUUACGGCAGCGCAGUACCCUCAUAGGUGUCAGGAAAAGCAGAAAGAUGUCUCUCUCUUGGCCCACGAAAAGCAGAAGAGGUAAAGAAGAUUCAGCACCAACUGGACUUUUUCCCAGUGCCAUUCAGCGCUGGCUGGUGAUCUACAGGAGCCAAAACAGGGCUGAAAGGUUGCUGGAGAGACCUGAUGUGGUAGGACCCUCUCGUGCACAUGCAAGGAUCCAGGAGAAUGCAGCAGAGGUGGACUUGGAGGAGCGGGCUAAGAAGUGGCUUGGGAGGAAAUAUCUGAAGAGGUGGCAUCACACAGUGGUGCGGCGCCGGUGCCAUCAGUGGAGGGAAUCCAGCAAGGUGGUGAGGUUGGCUCAGGUGCUGGACCAGCAGCGGCUGAUAGAAAAGGCCUGGAGGGUGUGGAGACAAAGAUACUUGCAAAGCUGUGUGGUGCAGAAUCUUUUGGAGGAGGAAGCCAGGAGCCUCCUGUCUCAGGCCUUUCGAAGGUGGUGGCAGCUCACAGCAUUCCAGUGUAAGGACAAAGGAUCCUGCUGAAUGGAGGGGCCUGCCUGCAGCUGCUGCUCAAUUCAGGACACGUGGAGGAUCCAGCUCCUGUCACAACAAAGAGGUGGUCCUGUGCUGUCAAGAAAGAACUCUCGGCUCUUACAAUAAAAGCAGUGCUGCCAGUCAGAAGGAUGACAGCCAAAGAACAACCAGGAAGAGAUUGUACCUAGUGAAAGAUCCUCUUUAAAGGACUUGUAUCUUACCUCCUUAGCAACACAAGCAGAGAAUUUACAGUUGUGAGGUUGCAUUCUCUUCUUCUCUGGAUCAUGCUUUUGCUGGAGUUCUGAUUAAAGGUCAAAAAAGCCUUA